ACUCUUAUCACCGCGUUGCAGUGGGCGAUUCUUCACACAAGUCACAUGACGAGCGACACCUUGAUUCACACUGCAGCUGGACAAAGAGCAGCUCAGCGGUUUCUAUCACAGAAACAGUCGAUGGUGCGUGAUGAGUCUGAAAGGUUUUUAAAAAGCCGCAGAUAUCAUCAGCGCUCAUCAGCCACGCUUCAUUCUGACGAGGUAGCAGCGUUUUUCAAACGCUCGGAAAACUCUUUCUGAACAAUCAGAAUCAUUUUCAGGUUCGCGGCUGCUUUUCUUGCCGUCAACGAGAACCAUUUCCGCGGCGCCGUACCCCGCCAUCAACCCAUCAGAUAAGAGUGCUGCUCUGCGGCUCCUUCAGCAGAACCCGUGACCUUCAGGGUCCAAACAAAAACCUGUUUCCUGAACCAGACUUUGGUCAGUUUGGUUCGUACCAAGGUUUCUUCUAUCCAGAGAAAGAAAUGUAAUAAGAGCGACGCAUGGUGCAUCUUUUCCAGGACGCACAAUAGGAUGAAACUGUAUGUACAGUUGCCAAGGAGACGCAGGCAGAGGGGUAGUUAGAGGCUGUUAACCCACAGCCUGUUUUCAUUCACCGCCUCUCUGCUCCGUCCUCAGGAUUCACUUCAGGAGACGCUGCCAAAGACACCACACAGCUCGCUGGAGCCUCGGCUGAGGAAUUAUCUGCUGUCAGGACCUGGAGCUGGACGGGUGGGGGGUGCUGAGCCAUGCUGUCCGCUGCCAUUCAGAUCCUGGCGUUCGCCUUGGCGCUCCUUGGCGUCCUCGGCACCACGGUAGCCACUCUGCUUCCCAACUGGAAGGUGAGCAUCAAUGCCUGGUCCAGCAUCAUGACCCCCAUCUCGCAGAUGCAGGGGCUGUGGAUGGACUGCGUCUGGUACAGCUCCGGCGUCUUCAGCUGCACCAUGAAGAACUCGGUGCUGUCGUUGCCGGCGUAUCUGCAGACCAUGCGGGCCGCCAUGGUUCUGUCCUGCAUGGUGGCGUUGUUUGGACUCUGCCUCGCCUCCCUGGGGCUCAAAUGUACCCGCUGGGGGGGCAGCCACCGAGCGAAGGGGCACACAGCCAUCGCUGCAGGGGGGUGCUUCGUCCUGGCCAGCUUUCUCUGCCUGGUCCCUGCGUCCUGGUUCACCAACGAAGUCAUCACCACCUUCCUGACCACGGACCUGCCAGACAGCAGUAAAUAUCAGCCUGGAGGAGCUCUGUGCGUCACGUUCAUCUCCGCUGGCUUCCUCCUGGCUGGAGGAGUCAUUUUUUGUUUGUCGUGUCCUGGAAAGAGAACAGGACGACCGGACUAUCCUUCCCCCGCCGAGCCCGGCAGACUUCUAAUGUACCGAGAGGAACAGCGGAGACGGGAGCUGCAGACGGAGCACGUGCCGCCGAAAAACCAGCAAAACAAGGUGGUGAAGCUGCAGAUGGACAAAGUGAAGCAGGAGAAACCUCCUCAGGAGAAACCUGGACAGCAUCACGGGCAGAAACUCUACUCGUCUCCCUCCAAACUCCCUCCAAAAGACAUCAAGGACAGCUACAGCCUCCAGGAGUAUGUUUAGUCCUCACAGCUGAGAUCUGAGUUUUCAGCUGUCUGGCUCAUAGAAAGGGGGAGGUGGACUGGGGGAGGUCUGCUCGAGGGGGGAUAAUUACCAAAUGUUGGAAACGGCAGAUUCAUUCUGAGACGAGGAGCUCGACGAGAACGCCACCAAACACGAUCCUUAAAAAACAAAGGUCUGAAGCAAAAAAAAAAAAAAGAGCUGAACCUGCUGAUCGUAAAAAAAAAAAAACCUGAUACUGAAAACCAGCCAAGAAACAAAGAUUCACUUCCUCUCUAAACUUUGUAACUAUUAUUAUAAUUAAUUCUAAUUUUAUCUGUGGGCAGAUAUUCUAGAAAUCAGCUGCUGCCAUCAACAAUGAAAAUAAAUGUCACGUAACAAUCAGAAAAUCAAAAUGCUGCUAAAUGACGGAAGCUGAGGAGAUUGGAAAUUGCACUUUAACAAACAGAUUAUUCCCAAAAUGCCAAAAGAAAAGAAAUGUGUUGUCGGUCAGUCAGCAUGGUCGGACGCUCUCACCCUGAGUUAAUACAUUUCUGGUUUGAGAUGAACGAGCUGAAAAAUUAUUCAUUACCUAAAUAAUAACAAUAAAUCAAAAGUACAUUAAAAACCUCCCAGUAUAUUGAUCACCACGUACGGUGACGUCACUUUCAUGAUAAGUGAUGAAACAUACAACACACUGUGCAGGCCUGACACACUGGGGCUCUUAUUGUGAAGUUUGUCUGAAACAUGGUCACACAGUUUGAUGGUGAGCGUGUGAAAGCUGGUUUCUUCGGUCAGGUUCAGGUUCAGCUGUUUGUUUUCAGAAUGAAGCUUCAGCAGCACGUCAGGACAGGAGUUAUCAAUUCUGAAGCAAAUGUUAAAGUGCAUCCCUGUUUAAAAAUGUUCUUCCGGUGCCACAACAGAAUAUUUGAGUUAGUGUUGCUCCGAUCGAUCGGCUGCCGAUCAUGAUCGGCCGAUAUUGUCUAAAAAUAGCCUGAUCGGCGAUCGGAAAAACAUGCCGAUCAGGAAGCCGAUCACGUGACGUACAUUAUUAGCGACGUUUCUAACUGGCAAACACGUGGAACAGUGGGCCAACAGGUGCAUAUCGACACAGACAUCCCAAGUCUCACGGAAGUUCCGGGAGUCUCCCUGAUAUUAACAGUGGCUCCCUGA